CUAGGUCGACUCAGCCUCAAACGAGUAACUGGUGCGGUGUCUGAACAUCGCCACUGGGGGGACAAACGCGGCCGACCGGGUUAAUCCAAGCCCCGGGUGAAGUCGGGUAGUAAAGCUAGUAAUACAUAUGUAUAGUGUUCCACGGACAAACGCAUAUUGAAAGCGUUACAGAAACCAUGAGCAGACGCGUGAUUUUUCUCCCUCGUUUCAGAUCUGACAAAGCGCACAGGAGUGACCUGCAAGGGCCCACGUCCAAAGGUUUCACUGUGGGGCACACGAUGCAGUCUCAGACCAAGGGCAUCUGGGCCUGGCCGGUUCCUCACCCAGUGGACAAGGAGAUUUGCCUUCUACUGUUGGACAUGGAGGGGCUUGGAGACUCGGAAAAGGCCAAUGAGCAGCACGACAUCUGGCUGUUCAUCAUGGCCAUGCUGUUGUGCAACGUGCUGGUCUACAACACCGAGAAGACUCUGGAUAACAAGAGCCUGGAGCAGCUGCGCUACGUGAAGAACAUGUCAGAGCACGUGCGAUCCCAGAUAUUCUCCCGAGGCGACAAACCCAGCAUCCUGGAAAGCCACUUACCAUCCCUGGUUGUGUGUGUGCGGGACUGUGCACUGAAGCUGGAAUGGGAUGAGAAGCCGUGCACUCCCGACGAGUACAUGGAGAAGUGCUUCCAGGUCCGCAGGAGCAAUUCCCUGAAAGAUGAAGAAUUCAACAGGGAACGCGACCUCAUGUGCGCGUAUUUUAAAAAACGCAAGUGCUUCAUGUUCCCCAUGCCCGCGCACCCAGAAGACAUGGACCAGCUGGAGAAUAAACUCAGCAAGAAGUUUCUCAAAGUGACGGAGGAGUUCACCUCUCACAUCUACCAGAUCAUCAAAUACAAGAACAUCGAUGGGGUCAUCCUCACUGGCCAACUCUUUCUGCAGGUUGCAGAGCUUUACGUGCAGGCUCAGCGUUCGGGCAACAUGGCCUGCAUCGAGGGUGCACGGAAACAAGUGGUGCUGUUUGCCAACAUGCAGGCAAUGGAUGAUGCCAAGGGGGUAUAUCAGCGAGAGAUGGAGACGCUGCUGAACAAGCUUCCUGUGGAGUAUAAUGAACUGCAACGACAUCAAGAGGAGUGCUCGAAGAAAGCAAUGGCUCUCUUCUACCGUCGCUCUGUGCUCGACCGCAAUCACGAGCAUGAGAAGGAGCUCUUGAACUUCACGAUGAAGGAGUUUGAGCGGAUGAAGGAAACAAACACGGAGCGAUCGUACACGGUGUCCAAGCAACGGCUCCGGGUGCUGUAUAAGCCGUUGAAAAAUAUGAACGCAGACUUUAUGCAGCUCGGGGGCUACCAGAAAUACGAGGUCGCAAUGCAGAAGCUGGACGAAGAGUAUCGUGCUACAGAGGGACUAGGAGAUGAGAAAGACAAAGCCUACAAAGAUUUCAUGGAAAAAAAUAAGGAUCGUGCAAAUCAAAUCCGCGUCGUGGACAAGGCACUGACACAAGCUCAGCAAGAAGAAAUAAAGAGGAGGACCUUGGAGAGGAUAAAUGAGCAGCAGAUGGAGGCUCUGAAGAUGGAAAACAAAGCCAAGGAAGCAGAUAUUUCACUCCUGAAUAGUCAACAGCAGUUCAUCAUCAGGAUGUUCAACGACAAUCUGAUUAACAUCCAGAAACACACGGAUGAGAACAUUAAGGAGAUUCAGAAGACUCACCAGAAAGAGAUGGACAGUGUGAAGAAUAAAUCAAAGUGCGUGAUCUGUUGACACCACAUAUAUAACAAUCUGGAUUAUAAGACGCUCUACAAAGUAAGAUGCACCCAAAAAACUUUGGCGUGUAUAUGUUUUUCAAAUGUCAUAAUCUGGAGAAUACAGAGAGAGCAUCGUGAAACGUUUACACGGGCCAGGGCAUACUUUAGUAUUUAAUUAUAAGGCCAGCCCUGCUCAUCCCACAAACCAAGAAGGAAUCACCAGUAAGUUGAACACGUGGGCUUUCACGAUCAAUAUAUUAUCUUUCGUCAUAUUAGGUUUUUGGGUCAUAUCACGUAAUUUAAAUGCGUGCCAUAGACCUUCCAUCACAACGACACGGCCAACUGAACAAACGUGCCAACAAUGAACGCUGCUUCAGCAACAGCAGCACCACCACCACGAGGGAUUGUUGGACGUCUAUCUGAUUGAUACAAACAUCAUCAAACAGAUCUAACCCUAAAACCUCUAUUAUGGAUCAAUUGGCCACAAUUGUGAAGAUGUUCUCCAGUCUCGGGGACUCAAUUAGGGAUGGUGGUGUGAUGUCAAAUUUGUGCCCGCCUACGAUCGGGCAGGACAUUCAAUUGAUGUUGGUGACGUCGACGUUCUCUGCAAAAACUCUGCUAAGACGAAAACUAGAAAACGGAAACAAAUUUUAUGUGACUCGCACAUGCGUAUUGUGCAUGCACAUUAUGUAUGUUGAUUAGCCUAUGAAUAACCCAACCGGGUAAAAGGUAUCCAGUGCAUUUUAUGUGAAUACAUUCCCCUCCCCCCUCUGGUCUUUGCACCUGUUGGCUGACAAUUGACGAUAUCAGAUUUAUCCCCUCCUGUCUAUUUAAGACCGAAACAGGAGGAGGGAUUUCUCCACAACUCUGGCUGCCACCUGAUGAGGCUGUUCAUGUUGUGGAUACUCGAUUUGUCCUGAACUAAUAACGAAUUGGCAUGUUUUGUUUACGUGACAACCCUAACUAACUGGCUGUGUCGGGUGGUGGUGGGUGUACUGACGCAUUUAUAUUCGCGCGAUGUGACCAAAAAAAACCCUUUAUUAUGGAUAAUUGCUAUUCGUCAAGACUAAUUAGAGAAUUAAUUGAAACUGAGAGAUAUAAACUUAAAAUGCAAUUGAGCAGACAGCUAUAAGCUGAUCACGACUUUGGAAAUGCAUAGUUAAAUGAUUACGUGACAAUCUUCAUCAAAAUGUGUAUUUACAAUUUUUAAAACGAGCACAUCAUGAUUAAAACAUUAGCAGUUAGUAUAAAUAAGUAACUUUGAUCAAGGACAAUCACCAUUGAAAUAAAAUGUACAGUGUAUUCACAUAUCUCACAUGUAUUAUAAUUUAUAAUACCAUCUAAUAAUUAUGACCAACUCGUUUCACCACGGAAGUAUAUACAGGGUGCUUCCAAAAAUUGUUAACACUUCUAAUAAUUUGCAACAAUACUGCAAGAAAUGUGCCUCUGGGCACUGGAGACCGACUGGAGAAGAUGUAUAUACGUAUUUACCUUCAUAAUACCAUAUCAAACGUAAUAAUACUUUACAAGUUAAUAUAGAUUUGAAGCUUUCAUGAAUGCAAGAAUCCAUACUCUUUGGUUCUUUCGAUAACGUCACGUAGAUAGAAAAUUUAAAGAUACAACCUCUUGUUGCAGCAGCUCUGUCUCUUUCGUCAGCAGUUCUGCUGUGUUGGUCUCACCUGAUAACGGUUGCUUGUGUUGCGAUAGAAACGUCGUGAUUCAUACAUUUUAUAUCUACGUGACUUUACCGAAAGAACCAAGGAGUAAUUUAAUAUAGCAAAAUACAAACAAUUACAUUAACAUCUAAAUAUCACUCCCUCGUUCCUCUUGGCGCAAAUUAAUGACAGUGGCGGGAGGACAUUUUUGCAAAUCUGACAACUGCUGAGAACGAUUGUUCAAGGGCACUUCAUAAAUUAGUAUUUUAUUGAUGAUGAUGAUUGUAACUAUCAAGGAAAACAUCUGCACCCCAUUGUUAAAUGUCAUGAGAUUACUCUCCGACAACAUCUCCAAAUGUUGUGCUCAAGGGGUUAUGCAUAAAUUGGCCACGUUUUUCACUUGACAACAUUAUGAAUUAGCCGUGUUAGUUGGAUGAGGGUCAACUCAUGCAAUCUGACGCCAAAUCAUUUUAAAAUUGUGAAUGAGGGAUACAAGUGUGUUUCCAUUUAACCACAAUAUGGUUAUCACAUUUCUUUUCCGGUAAGUCCUGAUUUCUAUUGGUAUUUAAGAAGACGAAGGAAAAAAACAAUUACUCUUUGGUUCUUUCGGUAAAGUCACGUAGGUAUAAAAUAAAAUAAAUCACGACGUUUCGGGCGCAACACAAGCAUCCAUCAUCCCACCUGAUGACUUUACCGAAAGAACCAAAGAUUAUGGAUUCCUGCAGUCACGAAAGCUUCAUAUCUAGAUUUAAAAAAAUAAUUGUUUAAAAAAUGCAUUGCAUAAAAAAUAUAUAUACCCGUAUUGAUUUUAAGAUUGUGUUGCUGGUAUUCAAGACCUUAAAUGGACUUUCUCCUACCUAUAUCCAUAACCUGCUUCAGCCAUUAUAUAUUCCAUCAAGAUCAUUAAGUUCCUCACAUUGUACAUUGCUCACUGGCAUCACGGCCUCCAGGCUUCACACGUGGGGGGUGAUGACGGGGCCUUUGCAAUUGCGUCGCCUAAACUUUGGAACUCCUUGCCCCUUCGAGGUCAGGGGACUUCUGGGACACUUGCAGAUCUUCACAUCUCGACUUAAAACAAUGGCUUUCUUUGUUUAGUUAUUCUCAAACGUAUUUCUGACUUCUUCUUUCAUUGUGUGAUCUUAAACGAUUUCCACCUUCCCAUGCAUAGUGCCCCUCAGAACGAUUUUUUUAAGGUUGCUUUAUACAUUGUAAUUAUUGUCGAUUGUUCCGAGUCUCUUGGCUUGUGGAUUUUUAAGUUUUGUUACGCUCUGGAAAAGGGACUUAUGGAGAGGCGACUUCCAAAAAUAUGAUUAUGAGCGUGCUGCUUUAACAAUUGAGACUUCUGCAAGAUGUAUUAUGAACAACCGGUGGUGGUCUUCUGCCCUCCACGUGGUUAAUAUAUAGUUACAGAGAGCCCUCAUUCUGAAAUAUGAUCUAGAAUGCACAGCUGUAAGAUGGGGAGAAAUGUCUUGUGGAAGACUACGGUGAAUAGCUGAUGUUGGGAGGUUCGCCAUUCUUAGGAUGGUUGUCACGUGGUGGAGCAGGUCACAGCGUGUGUGGGCAUAUAUAUGUUUGUAUGUUGUGCUUCUUUCGCACCAUACGUAGAAAACCAUUCUAAUUGGAGGUAGUGUUAGGUGUAGUGUAAAAUAGUGUAGUUUAUAGUCGUUUGUGUAUUUUGAACUUCUUUCACACCGUACGUAGCCAGCAAUCAAAACUAGCCAGUCUAACUCCUUUUCUGCUCAUGAAGCAACAGACAAUUUAACACCAACACACACAGACAGAUCCCCCGUACAGACUCAAAGACUGUUGGGGCAAAUGCU